GCACUUUUAAAAUGCCAGUGUUUCAUCUACUUCCCUAUUGACACAAAGGCUGCAAAAGACAUCAUGAAAUGUUAUUCUUAGUAUUUUUUAUUACUGCUUUUGUGGCAGUAAUAAGUGACGACUUGGUCGGAGUGUCUUAUUAUUUCGACGAACAUUAUUCAGAUGUUUAUAGUGACAGACAAUGUGUGAAUACGACUCGAUGGAGUUUAGUGAGUUAUGAAUAUUUAAAGCUGGUGCCGCCAUACGAAGGAAGAUCGAAAGCAAUUCGUGCUCUAAGAAAUAGUUGCACUGCAACAUUCCCUAUCUCAUUCCUGGAAGGAACCUUAGAAGUUACAGUAUACCUUCGAACGAUAUCGCAAUACAGUGGGAUAACUGUUUCUGUGUUUGAUGAUCGAGAUGAAGUUAUUACGUCGGUCAGGUAUCAGCGGUUGAACAUGAAUUUUGUGCAAGGCUGGGUCGACGUUACGGUGCCUAUCAAAGAGCAUAUAAUAGGCUAUGUGCAAAUAUCUGGAAGAAGCCUUCCCAGUGAAUUAGUAAUCGUCGACUCCCUGCGAUACAUGCCUGGUAACUUAACAUAUUCUCAAAGCGACAUAAAGGAUCAAAGAGUCACAAGACUCACAAGUGACGUAAUAAGAAAUACACCAUAUACAAAUAUGCAAGAUUUAAGUAGUCCUGAUGAAUUCAUUUUCGCUUUUAAUGAAAUAGAUACAGAUGGUGAUACAGAUAAAAUAGAUGGGUCAGGAGACCCGCCUGGUCCUGGAGAUAAUACUGAAGGUCCAGACGUAGGCACCGAAGAUCCAGGUAUAGAUAGCGGCACUGAAGAACCAGAGGAGGACCGUGAAAAUUCGGAGGAUAGUAGUUUCUGGAAUGCCUUUACUAUUACAAUUGUGUCAGUAGGUGCAUUUACGGUAGUAGGGGUGGUAGGAGUAGGCGCGUAUUACAUAGGGAAGAGCAAGAGUGUAAGCCCCAACCUUCUACUAGAUUUAGAAACCCAGGAAACUCCCAGUAUCAUUCCUCGAGCGAGAAGCGUUUUCUCGGAUGUGCCGUACGAUAGAUAUAAUAGUUUUAGAAGGUAUAGCUAGUAACAUAUAACAAUCCUAGUAUCAAGUCAAGCGUAAAAAUAUAUUGAAACCUACCGAUAUCGGUGUCGCCAAGAGAUUUCUGGGUCGCACAUUUAAAACUGUUAAAAGUCCCCGGCAAGCUCGGCCGAAUUUCACCUUCCCAUACAAACGGAGUUUCGUUCUCAUUUUAAAACUAGGUACGUGUUGGAUUGUCACGAAACUUUGCAUAUACAAUGACAUGAGGUUUAAGUAGGUCUGUAAUUAGUUUACAUAUAACUCCAGUUUAUUAAACAAACGAAAUAGAGCAAAAACAAGUUUUGUAAAUAAAUCUUGACCUGUAAUUUAUAUUACCAAUAAAGUAUGAGUAUGAGUAUAUAUUUUUUUUAUAUGGUAUCUGAAGCUACAUAAACUAAUUACAGUUCUAGAUAUAGGUACCUUAUCUUAUUGUAAGUACAAAGUUUCAGAGAAAUUUAGCUAGUUGUUUUAAAAUGAGAGCGUAACUACGUUUGUAUUAUGAAGAACCGAGCUUGCCGGGCACUCUUAAGUAUAAAUACGAGUACAAUACUUUUACGAACUGACACUGACAUAAGUAAUUGUGAUAUUUUUAAUAAAGAUUUAGUACUUAACAAUCAAUUUAACAUAAUAAGAACAAUACUGUAAUGCGAUUCCUUAAUUCCAUAAG